GCCUCAAGCACCAUCAACUGGGGGACAUGGCGAACUUUCAUCCGCAGCUGUUGAUUUGCCUCGGCCUAACGUGGGCGCUGCUGUUUCUGUGCUCCACCAUGGGACUCAAGCCCACAGGAAAGAAAUCGUUUCUAGUGGGAGUGGUCACUCUGGGACUGGUCAUCUUUCUAAUGGUGAGCACGGUAUGGCAGGAAGGGGCUGUGUAUGGUUUAAUCUACGUGCUGUUACCCAAGUGGAGCUCGCUGCUCAAGAUAACCGUUUGGACCCGAGCGGUGGAACAGGUGUUCUUCACGUUCGGAAUCACUUCGGGCCCCCUUCUCGUCUACGGAAGCUACAACCACUUUUUUGCCAACAUUCACAAGGUUGUGCUCUUCGUGACCAUGCUAAGCCUAGGGGCGAGCCUCAUGUAUGCCGUCAUUGUGUUCGGGUCGCUUGGAACGAUGUCCUGGAACAUGAAUAUUCCCGUUGGAGACAUCGUGCAUGGAGGUCACAGUGUGAUUUUCGUCGCAAUGAACAAGUAUUCCAUCCACUGGACCCUCUCGACAGUGUUCUUCCUGCUCGUCAUUGUGACUGGGACCAAUUCUCAGGUUCUAAUUGUGAAUGUGGCGGUCACUCACUGGCGAGAUAUGUUCCCAGUCAUUCGAAGCAAGCGGCCUUUGCUGGUCAGCUACUGCAUUGUUGGCUUUGCCUUUGGUCUCCCCUUUGUCACGAAGGCUGGUCUCUACUUGCUUCAUCUCGUGGACACUCAAGUCGUUAGCUUCAUGCUCAUCUACAUUGCGGCGUUUGAGCUUCUGGCCGUGAUGUGGAUUUACGGUCUGGAUCAUCUUAAGCUGGACAUAAUGCUGAUGCACGGCGAGCUCUCAGCCGUAAAGCUCGAAGUCGCCUGGUGCAUAAUCUUGCCCGUCAUUCUCGCAGCCACCGUGAUGACAAACCUACUGACCAGCUGCAGUUCGCUGCGCCUCGGGCCGAUCGAAUACCCGGUGUACGCCUGCUACAUCGGCUGGAGCCUCAUCAUGCUGGGGGCGCUCCAGGUGCCCCUCUGGGCAGUCGUGUCAGCUCUUAAACACCCAAGCAAGUUGGAACAGUGCCUGGUGCCCUGCUUCUACAACGAAUACAACGUCAACUCUUACUCGGCGUCGGAACCCGCUCCCACACAAGUCAACCCUCACCGUUUCUUACAAAAAUAUAAUUCGCAUCUUGUUGGAGAGAACUAGAGCCACUGUAUGGGGCAACUUUAGCUGCCAGAGUAGCGACACGACGCUAAAAGAUCGCAACAUCAGAAGUGCCAUUGUGAUCUCUGUUUUGGGUCUGGAGUUUGCCAGUAACUGAGCUGAUAGUGAAGCCCGGCGGCUACUUUAUAAAUUAAGGUUCAUUUUAUCUUUCCAUCCGUUCAUUAAAGACGGUAAAAGUCAGUAAAAGUAAGGAAAAGCCCACAUAAAAGCAUGCUUAGCACACCGACGUGGGCGUAUUGUGAAGCAUUGAGCGCCUCAUUCACCGUACGUUCAACGCAUGCAGAGACGCGCAUGGACAUUUUAAACUUUGAGGUACUAUAUAAGCAAAAGCAGACGCGAGCGGCGCCUCCAAAUACAUUCGAGCACUACCCGUCUACUGUCGGCCUUGUUCGGCUUUCUCGGUUGCUCUAGAAACUGGGCCAGCACUGUCCGUUGGUAUGAUACAGCACUACACAAAUCGCGGCGACAGGUGGCGGUGGGAAAAGCGUGGCGCCACUCUUGCAGCUAAAACUGCCGUAUACGGUACGCGGUUCUAGAAAUAACCUAUAUGCAUGUGUUUUCAUUACGCCUCAAGUAAAAAUCAGUUACGAGAACGUGCUCCCGGUAUCUUGGUCAAUCAUUAUGGUACGCCUUUUUGCGGGUCACGUGAUAUAAAAUUAUUCUUUCUUCCAGUCUACG